AUGAAGACAAUACUUUCCGAGCUGGAUGCAGGUCGCAAAAACUCCUGCUGGGCAUGGUAUAUUUUCCCGACGGAAAAAGCCGGGAUGUGCGAUCCGGACGAGACUCGAAUCACCAAGGAGAAUGCAGUCAAUCUUUGUCGUAACGAGUCAACGGCAGAGGAUUGGCGCAAGUGCUUGGAAAAGGUUUGCGAUCUUCUAGAGGCCAGAGGAAAAAAGCCACCAGACGAACACGUCCUACCAAGCAUUGACCAUGGCCGAGUGCAUUGGUUCAUCAAGUUCUGGAAGGACUAUGAACACUCGCCUGAGUGGCUGGUCAAAGUGUGCAGCCGCCUUGGGGAAUUCGACUUUCCACCAAGAUAA